UAAACACAGUGAGGAAGCUUGGCCUCUGCAAAAUCUAAAUCGCAGGACUUCCCUGCAAGAUUUGCGAUUUGGAAGUCCAAGAUGGCCGCAACGACCAAAACAAAGCCGACGUGGAACUUUUCCGGAGAAAAUUUCGGACGUUUUUCCUGUAUUUGAGAGAACUGGGCCGGAGUUUCACAAUUUUUCCAUUCCAGUAAUGUUUUUUAACAGGGAGAACCCGGUCUGAGAGUUUUAUGAAUGCAGAUUCCGUUUAUUUAGUGGAUUUCUGUAGCUGAGUAUUUAUUUUUGAGGGUCCGCCCCCCUCCCACGACCAUUUUAGAUUUUAAGUUUUGAAGUAGUUGAGUUUCCGUGGACGACGAUGUUUGAGGACCUUUCUCUCGUCUCUGUGAUGUCUCUCCUGGCAACUGUCUGUACAGUCGGACAGUUUCUCACAGGAUCGGUUAUCACGUCAAAAAUCACCCAGAAGGGCUCAACUACAGGAGUCACAGUGUACCCAUUCCUGACUGCACUGGUCAACUGUACUUUCUGGCUGAAAUAUGGGGUCUUGAUUCAAGACAGAACACUUGUGGUGGUGAACUCCAUAGGAGCACUCCUACAGACUAGCUACCUGGUGGUCUACUAUGCCUACACUAAACAAAAGAACACCCUCCACAACCAGCUGUUAGGAGGGGCAGCGGUGUUGUUUCCUGUCCUGAUUUAUGUGAAGUUCUUCUCAGCAGACGACAGUGUGGCAGCCUUUCACCUGGGGCUUAUAGCCUCGGGAUGUGCAGUUCUCAUGUACGGGGCUCCACUGGCUACCAUGGCUGAAGUUCUAAGGACCAAAUGCACAGAGACCAUGACUCCUGCCUUAUCUGUGGCCAACUUUAUAGUAUCCUCGGAGUGGUACAUCUAUGGGAGGCUGGUGGGGGACUUAUUCAUACAGGUUCCUAACUUACUUGGAGCGCUGCUGGGACUGAUACAGCUCUCUCUGUUUGUGCUUUACCCACGGACUCCAAAAGCUGCGAAUGUGAACCAGGCGUAGCAAGGUCCCAGCUUAAGCCCUGGUCACAUUUCGUCAGACUUGUGAAGAGAUUAUGACAGAAGCAAACAUCAGAAAGGAACUAUGACGACAUUUUCUGUUACAGAACAUUCAAAUUUUGUGCAACACAUUCACAGCUGUCCCAAGAUUGUCAGUUUGCUAUGUAGCAUGUUGGCAGAACAUACUGCACCUGCACAAAAACCAUUAAUGAUAAUAGUGUAUUGUUUAUAGCACUUUAGCAGAAGUUUCAUUCUAUAGUUUUCAAAUGUUGUGUCUGAAAAGACAUUGUCUGCAACAGGCACAGGCGCAAUAUGUUCUGCUGAUGUGCUUUAUAAACCUAUCAAAAGCAAAUAUGACCAAGCCCUUAGUUAACUGAUUUAAGUAUAAGAUUUCUACUUCAAAUGUAUUAUUUAAAGAGCAUAGAAAUGUGAUAGAGAAUAGAGAAUGAAGUACAGCUUAAAUAGUUAAAACUAAUGUUACUUUCAAAAGAUUUAUCUGCAAAAGUUAAGUAUGAUCAAUGUUAUAUAUGUUAUGAUCCUUAAGUUCAGUGAAAUGACUGUUCUUUGGUAUACCAUAGCUUGUUGUAAGGUUUUCACUCAAAAAAGCAUAGGAAAAACUUACUAGUAGUAUGUGAUGUACCUUUUAACUUAAAAGUUGAAGGUGGCAGUCAGAAAGACAUCAAAGAGUGAAUCAAUUAUCUGAAUGGCUGAGAAAGGUGGCUAAUACAAUAGAAUGCAGUAAGAGUGAAGCAGAAAAUAUGUCCUUUUGAUGGCAUCAGUUUGUGUUUGGAAAACAUUUAAUGCCUUCUUAAGUUAGGUCUUAACUUCGCUGAAUCUUAGAUGAUGUAGUGUUUAAGCUGUAUUUAUGUGGAAUAUCAAAAUUCAUGACAUUUAUUACUAAUAAGUCAAUGUGAAUUUGUAAGAAAAAAAGUACAUGUUAUUUGUAUGUGAACAGACCUGUAUCAUACACAAAUAUCAGCAUUCUAUACUAUUAUGAAAUAUGAUGAUGUGUCACUAAAGGUAGCAAAACUUUAUUUUAGUUUUGGUAUGAAACUAACUGUAUUUUCUGCAAAUUCAUAUAAGUAUAUACAUCGUACCAGUACGUACCACUGCAUUCUAGAUUAUAGUGCCAAAACCUGUUGUAGUAUUAUUAAUUGUAAGAGUUGAAAAAUGUCAUAAGUUGUAUCUUUUGCCAGUAAUAUAAAUGUAUCAGGCAAUAUGUGUAUGUGAAACUUCUUGUUGGGUAAUUAAGUGAAAGAUUUGUUAAAACAGACAGAAAUGAUGAAUGUGUUGUAACCGUUUAUCAUAUAUUCUAUAGUCAAGUCAAUAAAGAUCAGAGGGCAAAGUGCACUUACAUAUCA